AUACCCCCAAAACAUACCCCCAAAACAUGGACACAGAAAGAAUGUUCACCCUUUCUCAAGUUGCACAACACAAGUCAAAGCAAGAUUGCUGGAUCGUCAUCCAUGGCAGAGUAAUAGACGUUACGAAGUUUCUUGAAGAACAUCCUGGAGGAGAAGAAGUGUUGAUUGAAUCAGCUGGAAAGGAUGCAACUAAAGAAUUUGAAGAUAUUGGACAUAGUAAAGCUGCCAAGAACUAUAUCUUGAAAUACCAGAUUGGAUAUCUUCAAGGCUAUAAAAUCCAAGAUGAUGAUGAUGAUAAUUUGUUUACUGAUUCCAACAAAGAACCAAUAAAGACAAAAGAAAUUGAAGCUUUUGUGAUCAAACAAAACUCCAAGCCCAAGUAUCUGGUUUUUGUUGAGUAUUUUGUGCCUUUCUUGGCUGCUGCAUUCUUUCUGUAUUAUCGAUAUCUCAAUGGAGCUCUCCAGCUUUGAACUCCCACAACAAAGGGAUUAUCAUAUGAUUUUCAUUGAUACUAAGUGUUUAUUUCAAACUU